AUGCGCUGGACCACCACCAGCCAUCGGACCAAUGAGGACGAAGCCGCGUUGGGCGAGGGCGAGGCGCAUCGCCGCGGUGCCACCAGCGAUCUAGACCAUCGUGUCCGCAGAGCUGUAUGUUAUUCCAAUGAGUUUUCUUUCUUUUUCCCCGAAAUCAGUGCCGCGAUUCACGCCCGUGCAUUGCCUUCCCCGUCGCUGAUCAAGGACCGGGGUCCGUUUCAUCAUCUGCAGUUUGACCUUCGCACGCUGCCCAUCAUUUGCUGCCUCUACGUGCUCUCCUACGUCGACAGGGGCAACAUCGGCAACGCGAAGACGGCGGGAGCCCAGCGCGACCUGGGCCUGACGUCGUACGAGUGGUCCUGGGUCCUCAACUCGUUCUACCUGACGUACAUCCUCUUCGAGUGGUCGACCAUGCUGUGGAAGAUCUUCCCCGCCCAUGUAUACGUAUCCGUCCUAUGUCUCCUAUGGGGCGCAUCGGCAAUGAGCUCGGGAGCCGCGCGCAACCUGACUCAACUGAUCGUCACCCGCUGCCUCCUCGGCAUGUUCGAGGCGGCGUUUGGGGUCGGCGCGCCGUACUUCCUGUCGCUGCUGUAUAAGCGGCGGGAGCUCGGGCUGCGCAUGUCCUUCCUGCUGGGCAUGUCGCCUCUGGCGAAUACGUUUGCCUCGAGCCUGGCGUACGGUAUCACUCAUAUCAAGGGUUCCUUGGAACCGUGGCGGCUGCUCUUCAUCAUAGAGGGUGCCCCAACCAUCCUCUUCGCCCCGGUCGUCUACUUCUUCCUCAUCGACUCCCCAGGAACCGCCAGGUUCUUGAGUGAAGAAGAGCGCCAGCACGCCGAGGAGAGACUACACGUCCGGGACGCGACUUCAACCAAGCAAGGCGUGCAGUGGAGGCAGGUCCUCGCCGGCCUGAGAGACUACAAGAACUACACGCACGCGCUCAUGCACUUCUGCUGCAACUUCUCCUUCGCCGCGCUGUCCAACUUCCUCCCCUCCAUUGUGGAGGGCAUGGGGUACAGCUCCGUCAACGCCCAGGGCCUCACCGCACCCGCCUACCUCGCCGCCUUCCUCAGCUGCCUGGUGGCCGCGUACCUGUCGGACCGGCACGGCCACAGAGGGUACGUCGUCGCGGGGUUCGCGGCCGUUGGCGCGGUUGGGUACGGUCUGCUGGCGGGGAUACGGGACGCGAGGCUCAACGGGGUGAGGUACCUCGGCGCCUGGCUGGCCGCGUGCGGCGUGUUCCCGGCGCUGUCCAUCAACAUUACCUGGCUGCUGAACAACCAGGGCGGCGACUCCAAGAAGGGGGCGGGCUUGGGAGUGGCGCUGAUCGUGGGACAGUGCUCCUCGCUCAUCAGCAGCGUGGUGUUUCCCCUGGAAGACGGGCCGUUCUACACAAAAGGGUGCGCGAUAGGCUGCGCAUUCACGGGGCUAAUUGUGCUGCUCUCGCUGGCGCUCCAUUUCCUGCUGGACAGGGAGAAUAGGCGAAGGGACGAGCUGUACGGGCCGGUUGAUCCGGAUGCUGAGGUCGAUGUCACCGAGGAGGGAGAUUAUCACGUCCAGUUCCGAUACUUGACUUGA